UGCAUGUUUUUAUUUUGUAACGCAGCAUUGGUGUGGUGAAACGAAUUAAAUUGAUAAAUGCUUCUCAAAACACUGAUUUAUUGAUAUGGAUUUCCCACCAACACCGUCUCCUUCAGAUAGUAAUGACUAUCCUGGAAUUCCGCCUUCUUUCGACGCACAAGACAAUACUAAGCGACGAAGUUCAUCUCGAUCGAUAAAGCGUCGACGUUUCGACGAUGAGUUGGUGGAAUACAGUCUCGGCAUUCCUGGGGCUUCAAUAGGCAAGACUGAGAAGCGAAUGCGUACACAGUCCUACACCAGUCACUUGCCGGAGUUCCCGUUAGUGAGCGCGCCCCCCACGCCCGUUGUGCCGACGCCGCCGGAGCGCCGGCGUGCCUCGGGAAAACUGACUGUGGGUCCGGGUAUAUCUAAAAAGUCGAGGCGUAAAGGACAGCUGAGUCAGUUGUCUACAAAGGAUCUUGGAAGAUGGAAACCUACUGAUGAUUUGGCACUAAUAUUGGGAGUGCAACAGACCAAUGACCUACGCAUAGUCCACCGAGGCAUCAAGUUCUCCUGCCGCUUUACCCUUGGAGAGCUGCAGUCCCGCUGGUACGCUCUGCUGUACAACACCGAAAUCUCCCGAGUGGCUGUAGCAGCCAUGAGGAACCUGCACCCUGACCUGGUGUCUGCUGUGCAGCAACAGGCUUUGUAUUCAACAGCUGAAGAGGAUCUACUUGGCACAAUGAAUAGUAGCUCUCAACCAACAGUGGAGCGAUUCCAGGAGCUCCUAGAACAGAACCCGCAUGUGUUCUACCCGUCAAGGACUGCCAAGUCACUGAUGGCACACUGGCAACUUCUCAAGCAGUACCAACUGUUGCCUGAUCAAGUUGUGACCCCACUGCCUAAAGGUACUGAUGAGAAUAUUUUGACAUUUUCUGACGCGGAAGACACAAUUAAUGACUCAGAAUUACCAGAUUACAAGGAAGAUGGUAUUGAUGUCGAGAUGCAGCUAGCAGACAGGAUACAGAAGAAGGACAUCCGCCUGUUGGAAACAUCUCUGAGCCGCUGGCAGGUGCUGGUGCAGUCGGUGGCGGGCGGCGGGGAGCUGGACAAGCACACGCUGGCCGUGCUGCGCGGCCGCCGAGUGCGCUACCUCAUGCGCUCCAGGGAGAUCGCGGUGGGACGGAGCACCCGCGACCACACGAUCGACGUGGACCUGACGCUGGAAGGCCCCGCCGCAAAAGUGUCCCGCAAGCAGGCCACCAUCCGUUUAAGGAACACGGGUGACUUCUUUAUGUCCUCGGAGGGCAAGCGGCCGAUCUUCGUCGAUGGGCGGCCCGUUCUUCAGGGGAAUAAAGUGAAGCUCAAUCAUAACAGUGUUAUUGAGAUUGCGGGCCUCUGCUUCGUGUUUCUUAUUAACCAAGAUCUCAUCAGCGCCAUUCGCCAAGAAGCCGUUAAAGUUAAUAUUCCUGUAUAAAAGUUUUGAAUAAAGGGGAUUAAUUAAUA